AUGGGCCUCACGAUGACGCUCGCGCUGCUGUCGGACAUGGUCUCCUUCUUCACCAUCCACGUCUUCUACUUCUACACCGUCUCCGCUCGCUUCUACGCCAUCAUGCUGCACAUCCUCUCCUCCCUGUGGAAACUCUUCCGCGGCAAGAAGCGGAACGUGCUGCGGCAGCGGAUCGAUUCGUAUUCGUAUGACGUGGACCAGCUGCUCCUGGGCACGCUGCUGUUCACGGUCAUCUUCUUCCUCCUGCCCACCACCUUCGUGUUCUACCUCUACUUCGGGGUGCUCCGCCUGCUGGUCCUCUGCCUCUACGCCGCGCUCGCCUUCCUCACCGAGGGCCUCAACCACUUCCCCCUCUACUCCCUCUUCCUCUCCCUCUCCGACCCCAAGUCUCUCCCCAGCGGCGUUUCGUUUUCGGCUCUAGCGGUGCCGCAGGACGCUGCCCGGCGUGCCUCUUAUCUCGUCCUUCACAGCCGCACAAUGGCGCUGGGCGCGCUGUUUUACCACUACACCCGGGCGCUGCGGGACGUCGUCAGGCGCUACUCGCCGCAGACGCUCCUCUCGCGGUUCCUCGUGGGCGACAUCAUGAUCGCCACCUGA